GAGUAAUGAUAAUUUAUGCUGGAAACAUUGUCAUCCAGUAAAUAAUAAUAUAUCACACUGUGUAUUAUAAAUUGAAUAAACAAAUCUAUUAUGGAAUAUACAGAAACUUGACCAUAUUUAUUUUCUUAUACAGUACAAAGUAUUCUCUUUCUUCUCCACUUUUUUACAAAAAAUAAAUUCAUAAUCAAAUAGAAACUUGGAUUUUUCAGAGCCAAGAAAAAAGUCAAAACACACACACAUAAAAGAAAUGGAAUUUUGUCUGAAUAACAAAUGAAAAAUGAAAUUUUUAUCAAGUUGUCAUAGUGACAAGGUUAACACAGAAUAUAUCACUUACGAGGAUAUUUAUUAUUAAUAUUCAUCUAAAUCUUUAAAAUAUAAUUGAGAAAACUGAUUUUCUAAAAGGCAAAUAACUGAAGAAUAUCUUAAUCUCUAAGAUUAUUGAAGGUGAAAGUGGAUGCUACUAAUAAUACUACUUAAAUGGAAGGGAGUAUAAGUAGUUUCAAGAGAACUCAACAAAAGGAAUUAUUACCCAAGAUUGGCCCCCUUUAUGAUUGGUUAGAAGAUAAUAAUUUCUUGUUGUCAGAGGAUGAUAUCAGGACAAUGUUUCUGGAAGGUUAUGAUGAUCUUGAAGGGUUCAGCAUACAAGAAACCUCCGUUAUCCCGUUUGCUUCUAGCUGGAUGGAUGCUGAGUUGGAUAGAACACGUUCACGUAGUCGGUUAUGGCCUUAUCCGAAAGAUACAACAACUCAGUCAGAUUUGACAAGCGAUACCUUCAAUCCACUGAAUGUAAUAAAGUUCGAAUUAGAUGAAUAUUGUGAAACAGACCUUGAGGCUGACACAAUGGAAAGUCGAAUCCAGGAAGUUGAUAAGGAGAAUACUAAUGAUUUACAAGAUUCUAAACAAUUUUCAAAAAAGAAACGUAGACAUGAAAACAAACAGAACAAUAAACAAGAAUAUAUUGAAGGUGAAAAAAACAUCAAGUUUAAUCAGGUAACAGAAAAGUUAUUUGAAUCGAUACACUUCUCUAAGUCAUUUCAACAAAAUAUUACUACAACUGAUUUGAAGCAUGAUACAGUGGGAAUUUCACACUACUUAUUAUUCUGUUCAAUGAAUCAAGUCACUCCAAUACGAUCUGUUGUCAAUAGUCUUAGUAAGCAGAAGUUGGCUUUACAAUAUCGUGGACUUGGAACACUGGAGAUUAAGCUGAUCACAAAAGCUUUAAGAGUUCUAAGUGAGUGUAAAUUGCGUAAAGACGGUUUGUUCGAAUUGUAUGAUACAUUUAUAAAGAAUGUCUACAUAAAACGCUUGGAUUUAUCAGGAUGUGAAUUAGGUGAUGCUUCAUGUAGUAUGUUGGCUGAAAUAUUGAAGAUGAAUCGUGUACUACAAUACUUAAAUUUGGCUCGAAAUCAGUUUAGCUCUGAUGGAGCGGAACUACUUGGUGACGCCAUCAGCUCAAAUGAUAAUUUAUAUGAAAUUAAUCUGUCAUGGAAUUCUAUCACUGGUCCAGGUGCAUUGUGUAUUGCAAGAGGACUGAAGGAGAAUAUUCGAAUCAAGAUUUGUGAUUUAUCAUGGAAUGGAUAUGCUGGCAAAUCUGGUCUGGAGAUAGCUCAAGUGAUCAAAGAGAAUACUUCAUUGACUGAAUUAAACUUACAAUAUAAUAGAAUAAGUGAUGCAGAAAUUGAAGCUAUCAGUCAGGCAAUAUGUAUUGCUAGUGAAUCGAAUGAAACAAAGUUAAGCUUGUUGAACGUUAGUAGUAAUCCUAUUAGCACAAAAGGAAUGUUGAAUUUCUUCAAACAACUUAAUAAAGCUCAAAGUAUAAAAAUGAAAACACUAAUGUUAGAGGAUAUUCCAGUCAACUUUGACUGUUUACAGUUGAUUGAUUCCCUGAAUAUUAAUUUUCCUGAAUUGUGUAUAACUCAUGGACCACAAUUGAUUGUUGGCAAUACACAAGAUGAUAUCCAAUCAAAGGCUGGUACAUUUGUUGAUUUAUUAUUUCUGUUGAAGAGUCAAAUAAAUUAUAAUGGAAAAAUAUUCACUGAUUUGUUACAACAAUUCGAUGUUGACAAACGUGGAACAGUGACGGUUUCACAGUUUAUGGAAGCUUUAAAACUAAUCGGAGUGAAUUACAAACGUGAACAGAUAAUCGACUUACAACAGCGUUUAGAUCGGUAUGCUGAUGGGACUAUCUAUUACAAAGACUACCUAAAUAAGCAAACCGAUACCAUUGACGUCAUACAUUCCAAAUCCAGUUAGUAUAGAAGCAGCAGUAAUUCUGCACUAUGGACGGAACAAUAAAGCUUAAACUUGUAUUCUGAUACGUAGCAGCCGUGUUUUUUUUCCAAAGGCAUAUAUGAAUUCUUUUGCAUUUCUUUUGUUCAAAUACGAUUUUUCCUAGAUAGUGUUAUUGUGUGUGAACAAUGCUGUUUUCAAAUAACCAUCAUCAGGCUUUACGUUAAUAUGUGUAAAUUUUCUC